GUGUGUAUAUAAACACGGGGAUGGGGCAAUAUUGCACGGUAACGGAGAUCAUUAGCCGCUGCAGAUUCCAUCGUCAUAUUUCCCGACAGAAAAUAUUGGGAUUCCGAAGCCUCAACACCUGAAAUCAGCGAAUCACCGCCUCCAUACUGGGCAUAAUUUCCCUGCUUCUAUAGCGACGAUUCAUCAUGCGAACUAGAAGCUCUGAUGCUUCCAAAACUGCGGCGGCUAAGAAGACACCCCCGACGAGGAAAUCCACACCUAAAAGUCCGGCGAACUCACAAUCUCCCCAGGUCAAGCGCACCUCUGCGAUCAGAACCAGGCAGGCAAAGAAGAACGAGGCCUCGCCCUUACAAAACACAAACUUUUAUGGGGAACCGGGGCAAUCAUCUGGGGAGGCAAAAGCAGCGGGUGAUGCUUCUCAGGUGACACCAGAUGCAAAUGUUGUUACAGCUGCAAAGUCAACGCCGAAGAGGACGCUGAAGAGGGCAGUGGGAAGACCUAGGAAUUCAACUAAAGCAGUUACUACCCAGGAAAAGGAAGAACAAGUGGAGGCAAUAGCUGGUGAAACACCAAAAGUGGACAAUAUAGAAGUAGCCCAGAAAUCGGUGGAGCCUCUAUAUGUUGAGGAAGUCAAAGCAGAUGAAAUUGAAAGUAAAAAAGCGGGGGAACAAGGUGUUGAGUGUGUUAGACAAUCCGCAGGGAAUGAACAAUAUCCUAAGGAAGGGGAUGAUGCUAGUGCUUGUGGAUUAGCAGAAAAGGAAAGAGACAUAGUUGUAGCAUCUGCCUCCCAAGGUGACCCUAUUUUGUUGAAUCAAGAAGAACCUACCAUAGUGGAGCUCUCUGAAUCUCUGGAGAAUGGAGAGCCUGCUGGAGCAAAAGAAGGAGAACAAACAAAUGAGGAGGACGGGGAAAAGGUAUCAAAAGCAUCAAUAGAAAAACAGACAACUAGUAUUGGACAGAAAGAGAAAUGUGAUGCUGACUCUGUCACCAUGGAAAUGAAAGACAAAGGAGAGCAAAUGAAGGAAGAGGAUGGAGAAAAAGAAUCAGAAAAAUCAAUGGAAAAGAAGGGAGAAAAAGCAUCGGAGAAAUCAAUGCAAGAGGAGACAAAUACUGUUGUACAUAAUCAGGAAUCUAAAACUGAUUCUGUUGAGAAAGAAAUGACAAACCGAUUUCUGCAAGAUGAUGUUAAACCUGAAAAGGAGAAUCUAAUUGGUGAUCAAGGCACCCAAGGUUGUGAUGAAAGGAUGGAUUGUGAAGAACAAGGGGAGGAGGAGCCUGUUGAGGCUGAUCCAGAGGAGCCUCUUGAAGAAACCGAGACAUUCGAUGAGGAAUGCAGGGAAUUGUCUGCUAUGGUGAAGGAGCACAAGAUUAAGAAAGAGAAUGAAAUAUUUGUUGGUGGGCUUGAUCGUGAUGCUACAGAGGAAGAUCUUAAAAAGGUUUUUGAGAAGAUUGGGGAGGUAGCUGAAGUCAGGCUGCAUAAAAAUUCUUCAACAAACAAAAAUAAGGGCUAUGCUUUCUUAAAAUUUUCUUGUAAGGAACAUGCAAAGAAAGCUUUGUCAGAAAUGAAAAACCCUGUUAUAUGUGGUAAGCGAUGUGGCACUGCGCCGAGUGAGGAUAAUGACACAUUAUUCUUAGGAAAUAUAUGCAAUACAUGGACAAAAGAAGCUAUCAAACAGAAGUUGAAGGAUUAUGGUGUUGAGGGUGUUGAAACCAUUACACUUGUCCCAGAUGUUCACCAUGAAGGAGUAAGCCGGGGCUUUGCAUUCCUUGAGUUCUCUUGUCAUCAUGAUGCCAUGCUUGCUUACAAGAGGCUUCAAAAGCCUGAUGUAAUCUUUGGUCAUGCUGAGCGAACGGCCAAAGUAGCCUUUGCUGAACCUGUACGAGAGCUGGAUCCUGAGAUUAUGGCACAAGUGAAGUCUGUUUUUGUUGAUGGUCUCCCUCCUCACUGGGAUGAAGGCUGCAUUAGGGAGCACUUUAAAGGUUAUGGUGAAAUUGUACGAAUUGUACUUGCCCGGAAUAUGACUAUGGCUAAGAGGAAAGAUUUUGGAUUUGUUGAUUUCUCUACCCAUGAAGCUGCUGUAGCUUGUGUUGAUGGUGUAAAUAGUUCAGAGUUUGUUGAUGGAACACAAAAGACAAAAGUGAGAGCUAGACUUUCAAAUCCUUUGCCUAAAACACAGGCUGUCAAGGGAGGCAUGUGUGGCGGGUUCCGAAUUGGUCAUGCUCGGAGUGGAGCCUUUCCAAGAUCUGAAAGGGGUUUUGCUCGUGGAGGACAUGCUGCCAACUGGGGAAAUUUUAAUAGGGAUCGCAAUUUUUAUCAUGGUGGACAUGGUCAAAUUGGAAGGAUGGGUUUCAGGAAUGACCAUAAUCUUGAUAAUGCUUAUCCAGAUUUUCAUCAGAGGCAAUUUGCAGGGGAAAGGAUGAUUCCUUUGAGAGGAGGACAUUAUGCAGUUGCUGGUCCAUCUAGGCCUUAUCUUGACAGAACUUGGUAUGGAAACCCUGAGGGUGGUCCAGGUGAACCAAUUCCCCCAAGGAUGCCAUUCUCUCCUGAAGUACAGUUUGACAGGCCUUUUAUGGGAAGGCAUAUUGAUGAUUCAUAUUUUUAUGAAGACAGUGUGCAUGGGGUGAAGCGGCCAUUUUAUAUGACCGACCCAGAUCCUAAUUACAUGGGGCCUGUUGGAUUUCGUCCUCGACUGAAUUAUACAAACCCUGCCUUAUUUCAUAGCAGUCGUUACCAUGAUUCUAUGGCAGCUGGCGGGGGACAGUACUCACAUGAUUAUUAUGGUUCUGAUCAUGGUGGAAAUCCAUAUUCAUCUUUUUAUGGGGGUGACAACUCAUAUGGGCGAAGAUACUACUGCUAGAUGCAAGAAUCUUUUGGUGUGCUGGAAAAUGCGAGAGGGGCUUCUCCAAUGAUGAGCUCGUGGUUUGCUGUCUGAAUAUAAUUAUGAAGUUCAAUAUUUCUUUUCUUUCUUCACCCUGCUCUUGUUCCAUUAAACCUUUUUAAUUUCCAAGUUUUUGUGUCUAUUAGAUCAUAGAGCCUAGGUUAUUUAAUGUAUGCUGUAUAGAUUAGGCUGUUUAUCUGGAUCCUAGAGUAAGAUAUCAAUAAGCUUUUGUAUUGAGAACGAGCUAGACCAUCUCUUGUUUAGGCAUGACGAGAAAAGGGACCGCAUUUGGGGAUGCUUUUUUUUUUUUUUUUUAAAUGUACUCUAUCCAUGCAGCUGAUCUAGUUUAUGAUUGAUGAUCAAAAAGUGUCUAGGUCAACUGGAAGCCUAGAUUUUUCAGGUGGAGAAUUUAUCUUUUGAUGAAUUGAUGGGCAGGCUUGAUAUAUGAAUACGCAUAGUGAGGCUUUUGAGGUUUUCAGGAAGGUUAUGGGGAGUUAAAUUCAGUUACAAAUCACCUGCGUGGUUAGGAGCAGAUUGGAAUAGAAUCUUAUUUAUCCAAGGAAUUAGCUGGGAGAAUGUGGUCUAAAUACAGUGAAAGGUUUCAUAUCAUCAUAAUGAUCAUGGAUCUUUUAAGGAGCAAACAGUCCUGAAAUUGCUCAUUGUUAAUUUGGGUAUCCUUGAGGAGUUUCUUGUUUUGAUGCAGUGUUAUGUGGUUCUAAUUGAGGAUAAAAUAUCUUCCAUUUACAUGAGAAGUAUCUAAUGUUGUGGGCCUUUUAGAGUGAAGUAUGAUAUCAUUUUAAGUUUUUCCGGAACUUUUUUAAGCUUGGUCUGUAAAACGAUAUUGUGAACUUAUUGGCAAAUCGAACUUGUGAGGAUGUUUUUUUUGUAUCUUGCACCUUACGUUAGUAGGUUACUUUUGUCUUUUUUCAUUAUCUUAGAAAUAGGGACAAAAUCUCAUCCUCAUCUUUAGAUGAUCCUGAGCUGGUGCAGCUGCUGCUUAGGCUUGUAAUUGAUCGUAUAUGAGUUUGGAUGUAAUAUGCACCAUUACAUGUUUCUUGGGGAUAUUUAAUGACUGGUCCUAUAAUGCUUUGAGGUUUCCUCUGCGCCGGAAAAGAAACUUUGAAUAAAAUGUUUUGCUAAUUAUCUUCUAGCCAUUUAUUGAAUGUUGAGGACAUGAAGCUUUUCAUUUGUUGAGAGUUGCCCAAAUAUUUACAUGGACUACUAUGCCACCAUACUGUAUGUUAAAGGGAUCUCUGCUGACCAUACUGUAUAUUUACAUGGACUACUAUGCACAUGGUACUCAUCAUCUUUGCUUGCUUUGGACAUACAAAGAGUGAAAAGAUGACUUGAUCCUUUGACAAAACAUGUGACAAGGUAGGUGUAAAAGGGCCAUCUCUUUUUUCCCUCUAAUUUAUUGGGGUAAUAUACUGUGAUAUGUAGGCGCUCUCUCCAUUAUGUUUCCUCCAUUGCUUUCUAUGUUCAGCAGGGUGGCUGGUUUAAAAUAUAUGGCCUAGCAAUUGACAUAUUUUAUUGAGAUUAUGACAAUAUUGUUUUUUUCCCUUUCCUUCUUGACUCGAUGUUUAAUCAUGCGCUCAGUAUUUUAGGCUGUCUUAAUGUCACAACUCUACUGACCAAGAGCCAUGAUAAAAUUGUGAUUUGAAAUUGAUGAUUACUGCACUUGUGAUCUUUUGCUAUAUGUCAUUUUGUGGAUUACUAUGGUUUUCAAGUACCCCAGAUUCUGUGGCAAACCGGCAUCGUCCCUAAAACAACCAGCCUCCAGCGGUGCUAUCAUUUCAGUUUGAGUUGGAGUCCUGUGAUUUAUGAAGGGGGUGCCUCUAGACAGGUAGAAUGAAUAUGAAGAAUCCAUAAAAUUGCAAGUUUUAUUUUAUUCAAGUCUUUGACUUUAGAUGACUAUAGUUGUAUGUGGCAGCCUAACACCAAUUCUGUUUGUUUCUGUUGAGUAUUGACGUAUGGAGACAGGCAGCAUGGCAUCCGGCACCCUGGCCUUUUUAUAUAGUGAUGUGUAUAUAACAGAAACGCAGGAACGCAUCAAACUAUAACAGACGAAGAGCAUAUCAUAUUCGCACAUCUACACUAAUUUCUUGAAUGCCUUUGACUUAUAAGCCUUCCUGUUAAGUUUGUAUUGUCAUUCUUUGAAUAAACUUCGUCCACUGAUUCCUUGAUCAGCAUCGAUAGGGGUAACUUCACUCGUACCUGAACGGUAUCGUUGGUUGGAACCGUGUUCUGUGUAAUGUGUAAAGCAGAGAAUGGGAUUAUAAUUUGGUCGCUUCUUGUAGAAUUUGAAUGUUUUGUCAGCGUUUGCCAACAA